UGUUUCUGGUACUUCAUUGGAUGCUCAAGCCAGAUACGCUGCUGGUGUUAAGCAAAUCUUGACCGAGUACUUUAAAAAGACUCAUAAUUACAGACCACAAGAUAUUAUUUGUAUUGAUGGUGAUUAUGCUACCAAAGCUUAUGGACAACGUGACAAGAAGUAA